CUUCUCCUGCUGCCCCUUUGAGCCUUUGGAGAUACUUGUCGUAGUUCUCGAUCGAUUACGCGUUCGUCUUUCUACCGCGGAAACAGGCACGGCUAGGUCAACCAUCUCGAAUUCGAUCAAGCACCAGCUUGUUGGCGACGGCGUCUACCCGCAUCCAUAAUCCUUAGACUCCCCUCAGUGAGACUAGCAUUGUACGAAGCGAUCCCUCGAAGCUCAAGAAGCUUGAGACUUGGAGCUUGGGCCACCUUGCGACGUUUCUGCGACCGACCACGACCGACCGAUUCCUGCCACGUACCGUUUAGAUCAUCAUCAUGUUGAGGACAGGGUACGGAGCUGCCGAGACCCUCCUUAGAGGAGGCGCCAUCUUCCGGGGGGUUUCUAGGGACACCACAGUGGCUCGGACAUGGGCGCAGCAUAUCUCUACCAAGAGCGCAGCGACACCACGGUUCCAGUACGCGAGCUUGUCGGCCAGAAUCAGACAGGCAUCGAGAGCCGGGCAGCCCAAGCAGUUUACCACGUCGUCAAGACGCCCAUUCCAGUCGUCGAGGUCGCGCCGGUCUGACAAGUCGUCGGAGAACGAGGGAGCCAAGGAGAAGGCCAGGGCCAAGGAGAAGGAGCCCGAGCCGACCGGAUUUAGCGCCAAGAUGAAGAAGCUGUCCAAGGAGUACGGCUGGACUGCUGUCGGAGUCUAUCUCGCUCUCAGCGUGCUAGACUUCCCUUUCUGCUUCCUGCUCGUGCGCACCGUCGGCACCGAGAAGAUUGCCCACAUCGAGCAUGUCGUGGUGUCGUGGUUCCAAACAGUCAUCCCCCAGAACGUCCAAGACUUCUGGCACAAGUAUCGGACGGCUUACAAGGAUAACAAGCGGGAACGCACUGGCGAGGAGCCUGAGGUCGGAUGGGGUGUUGAGGCCGCUGAGGAGCGGAGCAAGCAAGCUGGAGCCAGCUUGGCCACCCAGCUUGCUCUGGCGUACGCAAUCCACAAGAGCUUCAUUUUUAUCAGAGUCCCUCUGACGGCUGCUAUCCUUCCCAAGGUCGUCAAGGUUCUCAGGUCUUGGGGCUACCAGAUCGGCACAAAGAAGGUGAAGACCGUUGUCAAGAAGCCUUGAAAAAAAAAGUGCUUACCUUGCCUUGGAUACCCUGUUUCAACUUCUCAAUCUUUCCUUCAUGUUCAUCUUUCAGUUGUAUAUCCCUUGUUUGGAGGCUGGCGUUCCGUAGGUGGUGGUUGCAUUGCACAUAAAUAAGAAUCCCCUUUCUCAU